AUAUAUCAUCAUUGUCAUUAGAUUUAUCACGUGUUUUCAAUUGGAUGUCAUUUUUGCCAUAAGAGUGCUGACAGAUCAUAUUUUGAACCUCUACAGCAUGCCCGCAGUCAAAGGCAUAUGGCCUUGUCAAAGGCGGCGGAACGGGGAGAGCACCGGGGCACUGUGCCCCCCUUUGAUUUUGGCAUUUUAACAUUAGUCCUAUUGGUGUUGCAUGGAAAAAAUGGGACCAAAAGUCAGCAGUGCCCCUCUUAACUGAAGGUGUUCCGCCGCUACUGCCCGCAGUAACAGAUCAAGAAGACAACAUCACGAUGGCAGAUCCUGUGCCCAAGCCAUGCACUUUUUCAUUCAAGAAGGGAAAGCAGAAGUUCAAAGCCAGAAAACGGCAAGCAUCUGGUAGUGAAAGCAGUGAUGAUGAUACCAGGGUUAUCAAGGUUGAGAAGAAAGCUGAUGCCAAAAAUCCUAUGAUUCAGACGUCCAAGACAGUCAAGUCGGCCAAGGUAUCGAAGCGUACGAGUGACAACGAGAGUUCAGACGAUGACAGUCAUAUCGGUGUAUCGUAUCGGUCCAAGCGCACGGCGGCCCGCGAAGGACCCAACGACAUGGGCGCCACGGCCACUGUGGAGAUCGACACGGAGCGAGACCGGGACGACCAGGCCAUCUUCGAGCGCGCCAUGGCCGUCAACAAGGAGCUGGAGGGCAAGGCGGACGACAAGGUGUACCGGGGCCAGGCCAACUACGCCCAGUACAUCUCCAAGCGGGACACGCCCCAGGGUAACGCGAGUAGCGGCGGCGUGCGUCACGGCCCGAUCCGCGCCCCGUCCAACAUCCGCUCCACGGUACGCUGGGACUACGCGCCAGACAUCUGCAAGGACUUCAAGGAGACCGGCUUCUGCGGCUUCGGAGACUCGUGUAUCUUCAUGCACGACCGGACCGACUACAAGUUCGGCUGGCAGCUGGAGCGAGAGAUGGACAACCAGACGUACGGCGCGUGCGACAACGAAAACUACGAGAUCAGUGACGACGAGGACCACCUGCCCUUCCGCUGCUUCAUCUGCCGAGAGAGCUUCAAGGACCCCAUCGUCACCAAGUGCAAGCACUAUUUCUGCGAGGGGUGCGCGCUGAAGGAGUACAAAAAGUCCAAGCGCUGUUUCGUGUGCGGUGUGCAGACGCACGGCGUGUUCAACGUGGCCAAGGAGCUGCUGGACAAGCUGAAGGGAGCCGGCGGAGGAGGCGUCAAGGACAGCGACGAUGACGACGAUGAUGACACGUGACCUGACCCGGCUUCAACGUUUGUGUGUUGUAACGUUUACUGUGACUGAAUAUGUUGUUUCACCAAAACGAUGACAGUGUCGUGCUAUUUCUACGUGUAUGGUACAUGAACGUUACUGCUGCAGUGUUUUUACGCGCAGAAACUGAGCUCGUGUCAUUCUCGCCUGAACCUGCGCCCUGCGAUGUGUCGGAAGGAUCAAUUCCUUCGAAUGACUGUGAUUUAUCGUCACACUGUCUCGUUGAGGCUUGGGGUCAUGAGUCGCGAGCCUACAUUAGUUCACAGUCACGGAGUUGUGAGCAGCAGACGGCGUAAACGCUCGUGGCGCUUUAUGUCAUCUUCGCGCACUCGUCGCACCUGUGUUGUCACAGAUGUCACAGGUCCGGCGGGAGACUCAUUGCGUGGUACCUAGGGGAGAGUGGGGUAAUUUGGCCGGUGGUGUAAAUUGGCCGCCCCCACCUGUACGAAAGCUCAUAAAAGUGAAUGAAAUAACUUUAGUCUCUAUUCAUUUGUCAUCGGCAGAACUAACUCGAGAACAAAUGUCAAAACUUUCCCCCUCUUAGUUUUAUUCAAAAUUAAUAAAAGGUGAAUUACGUUAGAAAAUGGUAACUUUUACUUUUGUUUAAAAAUUUGUAUAACAUGUAGUAAUUGGGCUGUAAACGAAUUCGAACAUUAUAGCGCCAUUUUUGAGGGUGUUCAGCGGUUCCAAGAGCAAUUUCAUCUAGUUCUGUACAGCCAUGACGACUUUAUAGACAAAAAUUUUCAGAAUGGCAAUGUGGGGUUAUUUGGCCGGGACUAGCGGGGCAACUUGCCCGGUGCGCUCAGAGUCACUAUGCUGGGUCGGCCGAGUUGUCAUGGUCAAUUAUACCAUAAAGGACAUAAUUCAUGACCAGCUUUGACUACCUUGAUGCCAUAUGUCCUAUUGGACAGCUGUAAGGGCAUGUGACGUCAUCAAAGGUUACCUAACGCUUUUUUGCUAAUAAAUACUUACAGAAAAAAGAUACAGCCGCGCAAAUGGUCUCAUUGUGUUCAGCUCGUCAAGGCGCAUCGAAUGAUAUACAUGAUGACCUUGAACUCACGUAACCUUGAGGUCAAGCGACCUGAGGUAACGUGACCUGAAGCCAACCAUGACCUUGACCUUGACCUCUCGAGGUCAACACACACAUGUUUCGAUGCGGAAUGACGAGAGAAUUACAAUGGUACUUUUAGUUUUGGCCUAACUUGAUUGCUUCAAAAGUUAUUCGUAAAAAAACUGUCAUCGCAUCUAGAGCCGCUAUUUUGACUAUUUUCGACCCCUGUGACGGCUGAGUCAACCUCCAAAAUGCUUCAAAUGCGUCGUAGGACACGCGUCAUUGCUGAAUGUGAAGCUGACUCGCCUAUAACAAAAAUCAUGGCCUCAAACUAACACCGGCCAAAUUGCCCCACACCCCCGGCCAAAUAACCCUGCUAGUGGGGUAAUUUGGCCGCUUUGCAGACCUUUGUAAUACGCCUCAAUUUCAAUAUAAGUAGUUACUCAAUCAUUUCAAGUUUACAGUCCAAGAAAGUAAAAUGUAUGCCACACCUGUCAGCGUUGAGAAAAUGCAGAAAUGCGUUGUCGAUUUUUAGUUACAUCGUUUUCUAAAAAAAAGCGGCCAAAUUACCCCACUCUCCCCUACUCAAUUAAUGGUCGUCUCAAACUUGUGAGGACGGGGAGUAAAUGCGCACAUCGACUUGUAAGGACAGGGUUGUAUGACGUUGCUUUUGACAGGUUUUCCCCUCGCUGAAUGUUGUGUAUGAAACAAGUGCUAAAAGGAAAAGAAAUAAAGCUGACAUGUUUUUA